AUGGCGCCUCUUCGAAGAUACAUCAAAUUAACCCCCCAAACAACAUUACAAGCUCAAAUCUUCCUUGAGGACCCAAGCCUUCUUCAUACAUGGCUAAUUCACCCUACAAAUCCAGCUUUACCUCGGAUCAUAGACUCACUGAAAGACCUCAUCCUGCCUAAACUAAGAGAGGAGAGGGAACGGGAAAGAACUGGGGCCGUAACGAAAAAGCAGCAAGCUGUCAAGGAUGUAGUUUCCGGUAGCGACUUCGAAGUAAGCGUGUUCUUCAAGGAUGGCACGAAUCGACAUGCAUUGGUAAUGCCACGAAGAGAGUUUCUGGCGCCCAAGCCGGAGGGGGGCUUGAAGUCGAAUUCCAGCAAGAUGGUUCUGGGAAAUAAAAUGUUGGAUGUCGGCGAAUCGGAGAAUGGCGGCGAGCAAAAUACCGGUCAAAUCGCUAAUUUAAGAAUCGAAAACGAGGAAGAAGAGGUUGAUCUGUAUGCACUUCCACUAGUCCUUCCUACUGAGGCAAGUGAUGCGGAGGUGCACCAGGCAGACGUCAAUUCGGUACCAGUACGUCGGUCUCGCCGAAAGACACGGACGCGUGGAAAUUCUAGUGACAAGGAAGAUAAUGCAGCCUCUCAAAGAUCCGAAGACGGGGAUCGAGCUGAAUAUCAAGCCACAACGCCCACCAGGCGAGGGUCUCGCACACGAAAUGACGCCACUCGGAGGAAUACUGGCAAACAGAACCAAAGGGAGCCUAUCACAAUCGAUUCUGGCUCAGAUUCCGAAGCUGAGAUUGGAGGAGGCGUCGGGAAAGACCCAGUUGAAGAAACGAAGAAGCCUCUUUUUCGAACAUCGUAUGAGGCAUAUAAGAUUUACGGGAAGAUCUUGUAUCUGAUUGUGAAGAAGCUCGAUAUUCCGCAGGCGACCGGCCAAUCAGAGCAAAUAUCCGAGACAGUGGUUACGCGGGACAUCCCUAUUGCACCAGGCAUUGAAGAUUCUGGAACUACGGAAGAUGUGAUGGAAGGCUGGAUGUACAUGUCCCAAGUCAUCCGGGAAGAUAAUGACUUGUAA